AUGAAUCCCCAAAAGUCGAGACUUCUCGGAAUGAGCGCAGAGAGUAUUCCCCCCGCACUUUUCGGUCAGCUGAGGGAUGUACAAAUCACUCGUUUUGCACAGUGUCUGAGGUACUUCCAAUGGCAAGGAUGGACAACAUUAGCAAUUAGUAUGAUGGCCGAAGGAGUGCUUCAAAUUCGAAUAUACGCCAUGUAUUUCCACAAUAAAACGGUUCUUGUUGUGCUUCUGAUAUGCUUCGGCAUGACUUCGACAGCAUCAGCUACGAUGAUGGCACUGUCAGCGCGGACGUUGCAACCGGUGGCAAUCGCAACGCCAAUAGGCCUAACAUGUGCUCUCCGUCGCGCGCCAGGAAGCUUCUACGCUUAUUGGAUACCCCUGCUUUGUUUUGAGGGAUUGCUAUGUGUAUUGGCCCUCAUCAGGGGGAUUCAGAUGUCCAGAGCCAUUGACCCAACUGAAAGUAGGGAACCAGUACAACCCUCAUUUUCGCCCCUCACACGGGGUAAGCGGGUAAUAGACAUGCUAUACCGCGGUUCGAUCGUCUACUUCCUAGCUAUCGGUGCAACGUUCAUGAUCACCAUAAUAUUUUGGCUGACUUUACCUCUCGGUUUGAGCAUGGCCCCACUAGGAUAUUGUAUCACACUUCCAUGCGUCAUUGCCAACCGACUAGUGCUAAGUGUGCGUGGAGCAGCGCAAUGGGAUACCACAAUGGGAAAUAUGACAACGUUCGAGGUUAGGGUCGACACGGCUGAUCCAGAUUCAGAAUUGGGGAAGGAUUCGGGUGAAUGA